AUGGAUGGUGAAGAAAUUGUGUGUGUUCAUAUGAACUUGAAAUUUUUAAUUUUUAAGAAUAUAGAAAAAAAUGAAGAUAAUUAUUUGUGUAAUGAUUUUAUAAUAGAUUUAGCUGAUGUUGAAGAUAUUGAAUCUAGUAAUAUUUCGAAAGGAUAUUUUAUAAAAAAGUUUCAUGAAUUUUUAAAAAAAAAAAAAAAAAAUGAAUAUGAAUGUGUUAUAAAUGGAACAAUAACAGAAGUUGCAAAUUUUUUUUUUCAGAAUAUCGAAUUAUUUAUUAAAAUAAAAAAAAUACAAUAUGAAGUAGAGAAUAAAAUUGGCGACCUUAAUAAAUAUGACAAAAACAGACAAAUCGGAGAUACGGAUUAUACAUUUCCUAAUAAAGAUUUUGGGAUAAAUAAAAAUAUAAUAAAUUUAAUAAAAAGUAUAGAUGUACAAAAUGAUUUAAAUUUUGAAAAUAAUGAUAAUAUAUAUUUUAAAUGUUUAUUUAAAGAUUUAAUAAAUAAUUUUGAAUUUAUUGAAAAUAAGCAAUAUGAAAAUAUAAGUAAUUUUUAUAUAUCUAACAAUUUAAUUUUUUCCAUAAAUUUAAAAUUUGAAGAAUAUUCUAUAUAUAAAAAUUAUAUACAAUCUGAAAAUAUAAUAAAUUUGGCAGAUAAUUCAUAUUUGGCUAGAUAUCCAAAUUAUGAAAAUGGAAAAAAUAUUCGUAAUAUGAACAAUAAUAAUAUGUAUACAGAAAAGACAGAAAAUAAAAUUAACCAUAUAUUAAAUAUAUUUAAUUUUAAAAACAUAUUUUUUUUAUACAUUAAUUUUGAUCAAUAUAAAAAAGAAUUUUUUAUAGAUAACGAUGUAGAAGUUAGUGUAGGAAAUAUUGUCCAUACCAUAACCCCGAAUUCAUGUAUAGAUGAUAAUAAAAAUGAUAACAUAAAUAAUAAAAUAGAUGAUGAGACAGAUAAUAUUUAUAUAAAAAAUAAUAAUGAAGAACUUAAUGAUAAUAUAUAUAAUAAGAAUAAUAUUGGAUGUCAUUUUUCAUUAAUUUUUGUUGAUAAAAUAAAAGAAAUAAAUGAUUAUUUUUUAAUUAAUGAUAUAUAUAUUUAUGUUAAUAAAAUACAAUUGGAAGUAGAUAAAAGACCAUUACUUUUUCAAAAAAAUAUUAAUAUUAACAAAAAUGAUGAUAAUGAAAAUUAUAUAAAUAAAAAAAAAGACACAUGGGAAAUUUAUUCCGAUUUUAGACAAAUUUCUUAUGAUCUAGUUACUUCUUCUAAUUCUAUACCUAAUUUAAAAUUCAAAGCUACAAUUAUUUAUUUCCCUUUAAACUCAAAUUAUAACAAUAUUAGAUCUGACAUUGAAGAUAACUAUAAUUUUACAAACAUACAACAAAUAAUGACUACCCAAAAUGACCAAAUUACCGUAUCACAUCAUAGAAUACAUAAAAAUGAUGAAGACAAUAAUAAAAAUUACUCUUUUGGUAAAGGUCAUAAAAAUGUGUGUGAAUAUUUUGGUAUAAAUAAUCGAACAAAUAAUAUAACAGGAAAUUGGGAAUUGCCUAUAAUCCCUGAAAAAAAUGAUAAUAUAAUUGUAUGUAAUAUUUUUUUAUCGGCUAUAAAUUGUCACAUUCUUGAACUUAGUAAUAUAUAUGCAGAAAAAAACAAAAAUAAACAAAAUAAUUUUUUUAUAAAAAUGGAAUCUAAUAUAAUGGGGAAUAGUUUUGUAUCCCCUUUAUAUAUUUUCGAGGAAAACAAAAAGAUUGAAUUAAAAAAUUGCCAUCUGGAUUGUGAGGUCGAAUUGAAAGAGAGUGAGCUAUUGUCAUAUUUUGAAAAUAAAAAAAUAUUAUUCGAAUUAUCGAUCAAAGAACAAGAUAAUAAUAUUAACAUAGGGAAAGGUGAAAUUAAUGUAAAAAAUAUACUUAACAAAUUAAUAGAAACAUUAGAAUCUGAAAAGAGUAAAGGUUAUUAUAAACAUAAAUUGAGCAUAUCUCUAUAUUUGAAUGUAUUUAAAGAAAAAUAUUUAACAUCUGAAAUAGAUGCCGAAAUAUAUUUUAGUAUAAAUGAUAAAAAAGACAAAAUGUUAGAGAAAAAAACAAAUUUGGUAGAAAGCAAAUUAUGUACAUAUGGAAAUCCAAUUCAUAAUCCUGUAAUUAACGAAUGGAAUGCUGAAACGGGUAACAUACCAUCUAACAUAUAUGAAUUUAAAUUAUGGAAAGAAAACGAAGAAAAAUUAAUGAAAGAAAUACUUAAAAAAAAAGAAGAAAAUUUAAUAAAAAAAUUAACAAAAAAAUAUGAACAAAUGGAAAAAGAACGAAAAAAUGAACUAGAAAUAAAAAAAAAUAAAGUUAAAGAAAUUAUAAUAAAAAUGAAAGAAGACGAAAUAAAUAUAUUAAAUAGUAGAAAUGAAUUAAAAUUAAAAGAUCAAGAAUUAAAUAGUGAAAUAUCAAAUAUAGAAAAUAAACUAAAACAAAUAAAAGUUGCUUAUGAAAAAUCUUUAAGUAAUUUUAAAAAAAGCAUAAGACAUAAUAACUUAAAUGAUAGCAUAUUAGAAGAAAAUAGUGUGUUAAAAACGAAUUAUAAAAAAUUAAAAAAUGAUAUAAAAAAUUUGAAAAAAGAAAAUGAAAAAAUGAAAGAAAUGUUAAGCAAAUAUGAUAAUAAUAAAGAUAAUACAAUUGUAAGUAAUAAACAUUUUCACGAAUUAAAAGGGGGAAAAAAUAACGACGAAAUAAAUGAUGUGAAAAAUUUUAAUACUAGCCAAAUUGAAAAUUAUAUUAAAAAUAUAAAAAAAAAUAGAAAACUUAUGUUAAAGCUGUUAACAAAUUUUGUACUAAAUUUUGAAUAUAUAUAUGACCAAACAUAUAAUGAAAAACUUGAAGAUAAUUUCCGUUCCCUCUUAAAAAUUAUUAAUCAAAUUAAAACUAUUAUAAAUAAAGAAAUAAAAAAUGAUCAGCCUUUAUUUAGUGAUUUUGAAAAUACAAUUGAAAACGAAAGCGAUUUUUAUUUGAAAAAAAAUGAAGAACAAGAUAAAACCCAAAAGGGCGAAAAUGAAAACUACGAAAAUGAUAAAAACAAAUUUGUAAAAGAUAAGGGUGCAAUAAAUAAAUAUUAUAAUAAGACAAAUUAUUUUACAGAAUUAAAAAAAAAAGAAAUAUUUUAUAAUUCAAAUGAUGAAGAAAAUCAAAAUAAUAACUACAAAUUUACUAAACUUAUUCCAAAAGAAGAAAAAAAAAAUACCAAUGAAAUAAAACCAAAUAUUGUGGAAGAUUCUAAUAAAAUUGUAAAUGUUAACAAAACAAAAAUUGCUGAAAAUUUGAAAAGUGAAAUAAACAGAUUAAUACAAAAUGGUAUAUAUAAUGAAAAUGAUCAAAUAAUUAUUAAUAUGAAAAAAAAAUUAAAUUCUCUCAUUUUAAAUAUUUAA